GAAACACAUGUAGGGAUACCAAAGAUUACGUCAUCCGGAACUCCUUGUUCGAACCAACAACUGCGCAAGGGCCAAGUCCAGGAUCUUUCCAGAUUCCACCACAUCGGUUCGGUCAAAUCCUUUCCAUGUCAAGCUCGGACCGAAAAUGUUGUGGCAUCGUAGAAGAAGCACGCAGCCGACGAGCUCACAAACCCCAGCCCUGGAUUGUUCUCAAGCUCGCCGUCGGCUUCACAUUAGCUCUGAUCGCAUACACAAGCUAUGUCUACGUCGGUAUAUUCUGUAGGGAUAUGAUUGUAAAGAAUGAGAGUGCAUUGGGAAGUCUGACUAUCGGCAUCGUGUUUCUGGUAGUGUUCUCCAUCCUUCUCUUCGUGGUUUUGUGGUCGUAUUUCGCGGUCGUGACCACAUCGCCAGGGUAUCCAGCAGAAUUUUUAGAAAAGGAAGAGCUUGAGCGGCAUCUACCAGCGCAUGCGCAGCAGUCCGCUACUUUCAAUGACACUCGUGGAAUGUCUUUCGAGCUUAUGUCUCCUAAAGUCGACGUAUCUAAUCAUGCCUCGGCAUUAUCAAAUUCAGGAAAUAGUGUACCCGUGACAUCCCCCGCUGUUCCAGCAGGAACGAAGCAAGACAAGGUGUCUCAAUCGACUUUUCAUCACCAGGGCACGUCUACCCCUGGCGAAGCACACAUCGUGGACAUAUCUGAAUCUAUGCGCGUCCCCGGUCCUGCACCACACCUACACCACGAGCACUUCCACGACCCCAGCUCAGAUGCGUCUUCAGCCAUGUUCGCGCGACGGCCAUCGACGACGCCUGUCCUUGUCCCUGAGUAUCGUUUCUGUAAUAAAGACAGAAUCAUCAAGCCUCCCCGUACGCAUCAUUGCCGAGCUUGUGGCACUUGCGUUCUCAAGUAUGAUCAUCACUGUCCAUGGGUCGGGCAUUGCGUUGGAGCUUACAACCAUAAGUUUUUCGUUAAUUUCGUACAGUGGGCAUCGAUACUUUCCUUCUGGAUGUUCGCAACCGUCUUAGGUCUGAACAUCAAGGCACAGAGGAGACCCUUAGCUCCCGCCAUCAACCCACAACAUAUCGUUUUAUUGGCUCUAACAGCUCUCUUCGGCCUUUUCUGUUGCCUCAUGUUCUUGACACAAGUGCAACUGAUCAUGUUGAAUCAAACAACUGUAGAAUCCAUGGGAUUCAGAUCAAUGCAGGAGCGCGAACAGGAUAAUCUGGCGCACAUGCAUCGUUGGUAUGAAUGUGGAGCUAAGAGACGAACGCGACAACUUUGGGAUAAGGAAUGGGGCAGGAUUGGCAAAGAGGGUAACCUCUGGUGGCUAGGAAGCCGUCGAGCUAACUGGGAAAGUGUGAUGGGCAAGAACGUAUGGUGGUGGUUCUUGCCAGUCGGUCGCGGGCUCGAGGAUGGACUGAAUUUUCCCACAAACCCGAGAUUUGAUAGGCAAGGGAGAUGGAGGAGGAGGAGCGAGUGGCCUGCUGACUUACGAUGAUAUAGAUCCUUUUUUUUUUCUGCAGAUUUACGCACGCACGCACUACACACUAUGAUAUACCACACUUGCAAAAUUAUGUCUUAGGACGUCGGUUUUCUCUCGGACAUACGGGUUCUUUAUGCAGACUAGUAUCUUUUUGUUGUACAAUACAUUUCAAUGCACCCUGGUUCCCGUCCUUUCU